AUGUCUACAGGCGGCCCUAGUAUCAUAGUUCACCCAUCACCAGUACCAGACUCAACCAUUUGUGUCUCACAAUAUGCCACGAUCUCUACAGAUGGCACAUAUAUCAGAUUCGGCCCAGCCCCAACACUAAGUAUCUACGUCGUCAUCGAAAAAUCGAACGCUGAAGGCCAAUAUCAGUGGUGCCUCACCUUGUACUCCAAUCCCCCCGAAAAGUGGAAGAACUAUACAAUUUACCGAUUUGGGUCAACAGACGAAUGGAUAGGGGUGUUCCAUAGUUGCGACCCGCGAGCUUUCAACACUAUCGUUGAGGGUUUCAAGAUCGGUCAAAUUGAUAUUGGCUGGCUCAAUACGAUAGAUUAG